AUGUGUUUUGAAUUGUGGGAUAAGAGGUGCGAUGCUUACAAAAAUAGGCUAAUGCGGGCUUCGGCAAUAGAAGCCCUGCGUGAUGGAAUGAAUAAAAGACUGACUACCGAUGAAGUGAAAGCAAAAAUUAAUAGUAUUCGAAAUACUUACUAUUUGGAAAUCGAUAAAAUCGAAAAAUCUACAAGAUCUGGGGCCGGUGGGCACAUUUACAAGCCAAAGAUAAUAUGGUUUGAUGAAUAUGAUUCAUUUGUGAAGCCUGUUACAGUGAGAAGAACAACUGAUAACACAGAAGACUCACAUAGCGUCUCUUCACAUAUCUCAACACACGAACAAGGAUCAUCGUCGGUUAAUACACCGCGCUCGGACAAUGGGGUAGAAAAUGAAUCAGAGACACCACAAGAUGUACGAACAAGAUACACCACAAUUCACUCCAGCCAUAAAAAAAACUAA